GCAGUCUCGGUUUAUAAUCUGCAAUACCCGCACGUGUACGCGCGUCUCCCAACUCCGAAGUUUUCGUGGUCCGAGAGACGUUGUUUUCAUUGUGUUUUCAUCAGACUUUUAAAUAAGGUGGUUUUCUGUGUUCAGUGUUGGAUUGCUCAGUGCAUUAUUGUGUUCGAGGUCGUUAAUUUCCCGGAAGCAUUUUCGUGGUGAAGAAACAGCGUUCCAAGAUUUCUGGUGAAUUAAACAAGCAGCAAUUUUUGUAAAAUGUCAGCAGAAGAAAUAUGUGAUACAAUCUAGAGAACGAAUUCUGGCUGGACCACUAUGGCGGAAGAGAAAAAAAAAGAUGCAAGUACAUUAUUGACGAAAAAGAAAAAAAUAAAACCAAGAAAGUCUAGAGACGCUGAUUGUUUAAGUAUCAACUUCCUAAAGUGUGUUCUGCAUAUAUUUAACGUUAUAUACUUGUUUGCAGGUGUGGGGGUGCUGAUAGUGGGCGCGUGGACGGUGGCGACGCGGCACCGCUACGUGGCGCUACUGCCGUCGCCGACCUUCCCCGCGAUAUCGUACCUGCUGAUAGCGGCCGGCGCGCUCGGCGUGCCGCUCGCCGCGCUCGGCUGCUGCGGACUCAAGACUGAGAACAGAACUAGUUUACUCUGUUACACGUACUUCCUGCUAAUCACGUUCAUACUGGAGUGCGGCGCGGGCGGGCUUGCAUACCACUACGAGGUGGCGGUCGAGGAGGAACUGCGGACGCAACUCAACGACACGUUCAUCAUGAACUACGCGCUGGACGUCGACGUCACUAAUGCCGUCGACGAUAUGCAAAUUGAGUUCAAGUGCUGCGGCGCGUCGGGCUACUCGGAGUGGCGGAACUCGGCGUGGCACGCGCACGAGCCGCGCCUGCUGGUGCCCGACUCCUGCUGCCGCACCGUCACCGCCCGCUGCGGCGCGCGCGACCACCCCUCCAACAUCUACCACCACGGUUGCGCGCGACAGUUCACGGAGCACAUCCGCGAGCGGCUGAUCAUCCUGGCGGCGGUGGGCGUAGGCAUGUCCGUGGUCCCCGUCUUCGGCUUCCUCUUCUCGUGCCUCCUCUACGUCAAGAUCAAGCACGUCGCUGACUGACCCCGGCCCGCGCCGCCGCACAAAGUGUUCGACAAGGCCCCUCAGCGGACCCCGCAGAAGACCCCCCAGAGGACCCCCCGCAUGACCCCCCGGGGGGUCCUCCGGCAGGCCCCGGCCCGCCGCUCGACCGCCCGCCGCCCCUGCCCGCUCCACGAGAAACCCAUAUCGACUAUUAGCGAUAACGUUAGCAUAUAAAGUGUUCAUAUUGUUGGUGGCAUUCCAGCACGAUACAGGUAUAAUAUGUUAGUGUAAAUAGAAUAUCAGAUAAUAUUUUGUACAUGAGUAGGAUUUUAAAAAGUCCCUUCCCAAACUAGGGCGACGAAACGAAAUUGACGUUCGACAUGAAGAUACAAAUGAGGAUAUAUUACAGCAAUGUUAUCAAGCUAGAGUGCAGCACCGGCACAGACAGUAAACAAACAACGUUUCUGUCACUAU